AUGGCAAUGAGGAACUAUUACGAUAAGACGCACAUUCGCAAAUGGUUCAGCCCCGGUGACCACGUUUAUCUACGCCUGGACAACGGCUAUAACAUCCAAGCUAACCAGGGCGGUCCGGCCAGUCGGAGUGUUAGGGUGGUCAAGUGGGCCGAAGUGGAGAAGCAACUACGUAAAUGGUGUAAUCUGCUUCGUAUAGGCAAGAAGAUCACAAUCGAAAUUGCCUUCACUUACAGGGAAGACGAUAGCAAUUAUAUACCUCCAUCAAGAAAAGUUGAAAAAAGAGGCCGUGUGUCCGCAACCAGCAGAAUGUUAGCUGAACGUGAGGCACAUAUUGUGGCGGAGGAAGAGUCUGACUGGUGCUGGGAGGACCCCAGAGACAAGAAACAUUACAAGCUCAGGGCACCUCAUCUAGAACGACUUAUCGAUUAUGUCAAUGAUGGUGGUAUCCUAGAUGGUCAUGACGACGUUCCGGGUGAAAUUCGUCGAGACCUAGCCCUGGAGAGCCAGACAGCAAGAAAGUCGAAAAAAGCGGAUGCAUCAACAACGGAACCACCAUAUCAUCCGACCAUUAUCAAUGUCUUGCCAACACAGAACAGUAGUGCUCCUAUGGUCACUUCAUACCUACCUAGACCGUUAUCUGAGGAGCGGUUGAUAAUCGCCGGGCCUCGUGAGACAGCCGUUAGAGAAUACUGCAAAUGGCUGGAGUCACGCGCCACUGAGGAGGCGUACAAAGCUGAUUUCCGUAAGAUUUGCCAGCGCGACAUAAAUGAAUGGGCAACUGCGAUAAAAUCAAACGCACAUCUUGAUCCGGCCGCUGAAUAA